AUGACGAAUGGCCGCUACAACACGCUCUCGCAGAACACGAGGACGCCUAGUCGUCGACUGCCAGGUCUCCCAGGUGUCCCCGCCUUGAUUCGCAAGCCUCUAGCCGUGGUGCUGAUGGAAGCGAGCAACGACCCUCUGGUCCGCCACCUCACGCUGUUCGACCUUGUCGUUAUCGGGGUAGCCGGAACGGUCGGCAGCGGGAUCUUCGCCAUAGUCGGCCUCAUCGGGAGCACAUAUGCGGGGCCGGCGGCAGUAGUAAGCUGGGUGUUGGCAGGGAUAGGGUGCGUUUUCAGCGGCCUGUCGUACGCCGAGCUGUCGUCGAUUAUCCCGUCGGAGGGAGGCACCUAUGCCUACGCUUUCGUGGCUUUGGGGGAGCUGCCGGCCAUCGUCACCGCCUGGUGCUUGACUCUAGAGUUUGGCAUCUCAGGAGCGGCGGUGGCUCGCGCCUGGGCAGAUAAGAUUGUGGAGUGGGUUACCUUGGGAGCCAAGACGGAGUCGCGGUGGAUAUGGCUUCUAGAUCCGUUUCCUGGGCUGGGCAUAAGCCCGCUGGCGGGACUGCUGCAGGCGGCUUGCGUGGUGGUGCUUCUGAGAGGGGUGGAGAUGAGCAAACGCGUCACGACGGUCAUGACGGCAAUUAAGAUGGCGGUAUGCAUCUUCAUUAUCGUUGGGGGCCUUGCGCUGUUCGACCCGGGCAACAUGUUACCUUUCGCGCCGAUGGGGGUUGCAGGAGUGAUCAGAGGAUCGUCGGCGGCGUUUUUCGGUUACCUGGGGUACGACGAGGUGUGCGCCUUGGCGGGAGAGUCGAUCAACCCAAGAAGAGACGUCCCCCUCGCCAUCGCCUACACGCUAGCCAUCGUCGCCGCCACCUACGUACUGUCCGCCCUGGCGCUAUCGGGCAUGGUCCCCGUGGACGGGUCUGCCGCCAGCAGUUCUUUUGUGUUGGCGUUUGCGGCAAGGGGUUGGCACUGGGCCUGUCAGAUCGUGGCCGUCGGAGAGCUGGUGUCCCUGCCGGUGGUUGUCUUGGCAUCCUUUCUGGUUCAACCUAGGCUGCUGUUUGUCCUCGCGAGCGACGGCCUGUUGCCCAAGUCCUUGGCGUCCACGGACGAGAGAGGCGUGCUGACGACGGCAACGACUGCGGCGGGAGGGGUGAUGGUGGCGAUCGCUACGUUUGCGCCGUUCGCCGUCCUCGACGACCUGGUUUCGGCGGGGGUGCUGCUGUGCUUCGCCAUCACCAACUCGUGCGCCAUCGUCAUCAGAAGGUCCAACCUCGACCCAAUCUUCCCGGGCCCUUGCCGCCCCCUGGUGCUCCUCUUUAACGCUCUCUGCCUUGCGGGUGGCCUGCUGGUGCGAGUGGCGUGUGCCGCCGCCGACCGCGUUUCGCUCUCGGUUGCGGCGACGGCGGCGGAAGGUGGUAACGGGGGCGGGGGCGGGGGCGGCGGCGGUAGCACCGCGGCGGAGGCAGCGGAGGCGACGGCGGCGACGGCGGCGGCGCUGGCGUUUCUCGCGGCCGGGCUGGUGGCGCUGGCGCUGUCGAUUUGUUGUCCGGAACUGCCGCACCCGCUAGGCGGUCCUGAGGCAUUCCGAGGUCCGUUUUCCCCCUGGGUGCCCGCCGUAGGCACCGCGAUAAGCUGGAUUCUUCUGACCCAGCUAAGCUGGGCGAGUCUGCGGUGGACCCUUUGGGCGGUGGGGGCGGUUUCCUUGUGGUACUUCACGUACGGGCUGAAGCACAGCGUGGGCCAAAAGUCACGGACAUGGCCCCAGCUAGCGGCAGCCACAGCGGCGGCGGCAUCAAACACCUCCACGGGGGAAGAAAGCCUCCUAGAAUCGCCGCCAAGCACACCGGAGUUUGGGUCGGGGAAGAGGAUGGGGGGCAACCACGACAGAGGGGCGGGCGGCAAGCGGGAGCGGUCACAGCUGAGGGCGACGUUCCCGGGAGAGCCGCCACUAGACUCCGUGUCGCCAGCGAGGGGGGGUUCGACGGGGAGAUUAUCAGGGGAGGAGGGGGAGGGCCUCGCGGUUGGGGCCCAGAAGGAGGAAGGGUACAUGUCGUUCGCCGCGCUGACGUGA